AUGAUUCUCUACAGGGCGCGUCUGCCUUCGCUAUAUUCUGACUUCCAGGUUCAACGGCAUUCAAACCCCGACGGCUUUGACGCAAAUUACACGGCUUGGAUAGAUGCUCUGACUAAAGCUGCUCGAGCUGCAGUCCUACCAUCCCCAGGCGAUACUGCUGAUACGCUCUCUAUCCAAACUGGAGAGGAUCUCCUAAAAGCUUUAGAGACGCCAGAACUGGGUCGCCCUCUCGCUUUAAGAGCGGUAGUUGAUGAAGCAGUGACACAGCGCCGAUUGAUACCCGAAAAUGAGUUCCUGUCAUCUCCGAAGAGCAUCUAUGGUCGACAAUGGACUAUACAACCAUGGUGGCUGCUGUCGUGGGCCUUGAAACAGAUCAAUAUCUUUGGGCCAGGUCAUUCUAGUCCGAGUUUACCUGCAAGGCGUUUCGUGGUACUUCAGAAUGCGGAGGAUGCUGGAACAAAAGUAUGUUCAAAAUUGGGUGGGAAGAAACGGCGCGUUGAUCGUAUCUAUGGGAUGAAUGCCUUCAAAAACGAGGUGGUGUUGGCUCUUGGCCUGAGAGACGCCAUAUCGAAAAAUGACGUUAACAUUCUGCUGAAGCAUUUGUCUCGGGACAUGAACGCAGUAUCUUACGAUGAUGAAGUAGUGGUCUUCAAAGACUCGGGCGAUCAUUCCCCAGCGCUCAUGGAAGAGGAUAAAUCCAUAGCUUCUCUGAAAGCCCUGAUAUCGGAACUCCAAGGGCAAGUGGAAUUGCUUUCAAUGAACAUAGAGAAAGCGACAGAAAAAUCGAAAUCAGCUCUGGAUCGAAAGAAUCGUGCUUUGGCACUUACAUCAUUGAAGUCGAAAAGGUUGAUUGAGAAGGCGUUGGAACAGCGAGCGAGCACUCUAUCUCAGCUAGAAGAGUUAUACUUUAAGAUCGAGCAAGCAGCUGACCAAGUAAUCAUGGUCCAGACAAUGGAGGCGAGUACUACCGUGCUUCGGAAACUGCAGUCAGAAGUAGGCAACCUUGACCGGGUUCAAGAGAUUGUGGAAGAUUUGAAAGAGGAAAGUGGUAAAGUUGAUGAAAUUGGCAAUAUUAUUCAAGAAGCCAACCAGGGCACUAAGAUUAUUGACGACGAUGAUGUGGAAGAAGAGCUCGAGGCUAUGUUCCAGCAAACGAAAGACAAGCAGACGGUCGGGAGUAGUGAGGCUCUACCCGACGUCACUAAGCUACCGGCACCGCGCGAAUCUAAAGACAGUCAAGGAUUGACCAAAGAGCGAUUUCCAUCAAACUCACACAAAUCUCUGACGGACGCCGCAGAGAAAUUCGAUCGCCUUUCGUUGGAGCUUCCACGUGAAGAGAAGGGCGAGCUGCGGAAGGACAUGAGCGUUUCUCUGCAGAACCAUCAAAGCGUACUUGAGCAAGCGUAA